AUGCCGCGCGCCGAGGGGCUGUACGACCCGCGCUUCGAGCACGACUCGUGCGGCGUCGGUUUCGUCGUGAACAUCAAAGGCAAGCGGUCGCACGAGCUCGUCCGGCAGGCGUUCGAAGUCUCCGUGAAUCUGCUGCACCGCGGCGCGUGCGGCUGCGAGGUGAACACGGGCGACGGCGCCGGGAUGCUCCUGCAGCUUCCGCACAGGUUCUUCCGCAAGGCGGCUCCUGCCGCCGGGUUCGAGUUGCCGGAGCCGGGCGGCUACGGCGUCGGCAUGGUGUUCCUGCCGCGCGACGCCGCCGAACGGCGGCAGGUGGAGGAGACGUUCGGCCGCGUCGUCGUCGAGGAGGGCCAGCGCCUGCUCGGCUGGCGCGACGUGCCGACGGACAGCGGACACCUCGGCGCCACCGCGAGGAGUGGUGAGCCCGUCAUCCGCCAGAUCUUCAUUGGACGCGGGCCGGCUCCGGACGACGCGGCGGACGCGGCGGCGCGGUUCGAACGGAAGCUGUACGUCAUCCGCAACCGCGCGGCGCACGAGGCCGACCGGCUCCAGCUUCGGGAGCGCGAGCUCUUCUACGUCGCCAGCCUGUCGUCGAACACCAUCGUCUACAAGGGGAUGCUGAUCGCGGACCAGGUCGAGCGGAUCACGAACACGUUCCCCUCGUGGCCGCUGGCCCACCCGUACCGCUACUGCGCGCACAACGGCGAGAUCAACACGCUGCGGGGCAACAUCAACUGGAUGCGGGCCCGCGAGGCGCUCUGCCGGUCGGACCUCUUCGGCGACGAUCUGCAGAAGGCUGUUUCCGUUGAUUCGCGAAGGCCAGAGCGAUACCGCGACGUUCGACAACGUGCUGGAGUUCCUGGCCCUGACCGGCCGCCGCUGGCCCACGCGGUCCUGAUGAUGAUUCCGGAGCCGUGGAGCAACCACGAAUCGAUGAGCCCGGAGCGCAAGGCGUUCUACGAGUACCACGCCUCGCUGAUGGAGCCGUGGGACGGCCCGGCCUCGAUCGCCUUCACCGACGGCACGGUCAUCGGGGCGGUGCUCGACCGCAACGGGCUGCGGCCCUCGCGCUACUACGUCACGAAGGACGACAUGGUGAUCAUGGCGUCCGAGGGCCGGAUCGUCGACGACGAGGAGAUCAAGCGCGACCUCGCGCGGGAGCGGUCCUACGCCGCAUGGCUGAAGCAGGAGCUGGUCCAUAUCGACGACCUGCCGCCGGCCCCCGGCGCCCCGGCCGAGCCGCAGGAGGCGGUGCGCACCCUGCAGCGGGCCUUCGGCUACACCGAGGAGGACCUGCGGAUCCUCAUCGCGCCGAUGGCGCAGAACGGCGCCGAGCCGAUCGGCUCGAUGGGCACCGACACCGCACUCGCGGUCCUCUCGGACCGCUCGCGGCUGCUCUACGACUACUUCAAGCAGCUCUUCGCCCAGGUGACCAACCCGCCGCUCGACGCGAUCCGCGAGGAGCUGGUCACCGACAUGGGGUCGACCCUCGGCGCCGAGGCCAACCUGCUGGCCCCCGACGCGCGGUCGUGUCAUCACGUCAAGGUCGAUGCGCCGCUGAUCACGAACGACGACCUGGCGAAGCUGCGGCGCCUGCACGAUCCGGCGUUCCGGAACAGCGACUGCCGAUGCUCGUUCGAUCCCGCCCGAGCGGGCGCGAAGAGGCAGGAAAUGGACGAGACUGUAGCGGGCGGCCAGCGAAGGGUCGCGCUAGGAGGGGGCGACGCCUGUGAUCGUCUUGUCCGCGACGCGGGGUCGAUCGCGAGCACGCGCCGGUGCCGGCCCUGCUGGCCACGGCCGGCGUCCACCACCACCUCGUGCGAGAAGGCUCCCGAACGCGCUGCUCGCUGA